UACGCCUGGUGAAUACGAAAACCAAACAAACGCUGAAGCAAUGAUAAUAAACUUGAUGGUGCAGUAGAGUGUUGACUUUGCAAUCAAAAGGAAAUUUAUAAGAUUUAUCAUUGAUUAGAUCUGCUAGCCUUUCUAAGUGAUAAUUUGUCGCUACAAAUUCAGGGAUAUGGGAAGGUCCCCUUCUCUAGCGUAUCAUUAUUGUGAAAACUUGAUAAUGUAGUCAUUGAUCCCAUCGCCUUUUGAUAUCGCGUGUUUUUUUUUUUUCGCAUGCCACCUCACACUCAGAAAUUCAGCCUAAUUAGAAUGUCGUUAAAUCUUGUUGUAAAGGUGAUGAAUAGAUUUGGCGAAUUAGGAAUUGAGGGAAUUUGCUAUUACUCUGAAUGUAUAAGAGCUAUAUUGUGCGGCCAAUACAGAACCAUUCAAGUAUAACAACGAUCUGAUCAACAUAACAAAUGCAAAAGGGUAAUGAAUUGUUUCUGUGAAAAGCACAAUUACAAUAUAACCCCUGCGUUGCGAGCAAGGAGCUUUAACACAGACAGACAGACAGACAGACAUUCGUUAAUUGGUGUCUUAUACAGAAUAGUACAUGGACCAAUAAAUUUGUAAGAGUAUGGUACGCUUCCGGUUUGUACAAGGAGGGGGGUGGCUUGUAUUCGCUGAUGGUUGUGUUGGAAAAAACACGCAAACAACAACACAUCUACUUUAAUAUUUUAGUCAAUCGAACACAUCGAAUAUAGUACUCUUAUUUCAGAUAAGGUUGCCACUAGGAAAUCCAUGCACUUAUGCGGGGGAUCCGCCUAUUCCUAUUCUUGUUAGGUAAGGCGCUUAUUUUUAAGGGUACGGCCCGAGGAUGGCAACUAUGGUAUGAUAAAAAAAUAGGACAUGGAUUCAGCUCAUAUUACCCAUGAACGACUGCGGGCUUACGACUCUCGAUUCUCCGGUGCAACCUUAGUUGAAAUAGGUGUAUAUUAAUAAUAAAAAAUAAUUUAAUUUAAGAACUAAUGAGGUCUCUAUCAAGUUCGUUCCUUUAGUGAUAAAUAGACUCUUUGCCAUCCUUGUCUAGUGUUUGUCUUUGUUCACUUGUAGAAUUAUCAAAUGAGUGACACGAAAAUGACUAAGAUUAAAAAAUUGACAUUGUUUGCACUCAAAGUUAAUCAUUACCUCCGUCCUUGAAAAGCCGAUCCGUAUUCCCUCAAAGCUGCUCUCUCCAUUCACCUCAACGCGUAAUUACCUUUAAACCGGACUCUACAUGUCUCGUUUUGACCACUUUAAAAAGAGUGGACAUGCAGUGCAGUUAAAUCUCACCGAAUUUUUGUCCUUGUCACAAAGGCAAAUAGAUAGGCAGAAUGAGUACACGCUGAAUAAGACGGUUGACAUGACAGAUGCCGGCAGGCCGUCGCAGUUCCAGCACGAAGUUGCGGGGCUCGAGGAUGGUGAGGAAGAAACGAAGAAAACAUGCCGAUGGCGAGUGUUCGCGGUAAUUCACGGGAUCUCGCGGCUCGCGGUCCUUCUUACCAUUUGCACUUUCUUUCUCACGUCAUUCAUCUCAAGUCUAAACGUCGCGCUGAAAGUGACGUACGAGUUACCCGCCAGACACGCCAAGCACACGGCCCUCGAAAAUCUCGCGAGUGUAUGUCUCCUUGUUCUUCUCGGAUGCACCAUCAUUCUUGCGUCAGUUGUCCUCUCUCUAUUCUGGGAAGUCGUACUCCUAGUGUUUUACAAGACCUCCAAGCCAUGGAUGUUGACGGUGAUUGUCCUGUUCGCGGUCACACUUAUCGUGGUGACUGUGUUUAACACGAUUACUGCGUCCGAGCGGCCCAUCGUUAUCCGCUUCCUUGAGAACUCCUUCGAGACAUCUUGGUGGGUUAUACUCGUAUUCACCACCGUGGUCUCAGCAGGGCUCAUGUUUUUCGUCUACAAGGAAAAGCGCUAUGAGAAGCUGGCACUCGCAUGGAAGAUGGGCCUGUUUAUAUCCGAAGGGCUUCUGGCUGUGUUCCUUAUCCUAACGCCCGUGUCAUUCCAGCUGACGGGUUCAUCCCCGAGCACUGUCGCGUUUUCGUUCUUCUACAUUCUUUUCGCCAUGAUCGCCAUCGUCGGGCUAGUGUUACGUGGCAAGAAGAUCAAGCGCAAAAAGCAGAUUUCGUUAAUUAACUGGAAGAUCAUGUUCGCACUUGGGUUCUUUUAUUUUCUAAUUCUGAUGAUUGCUGGUGUUUCUGGCGUCACCUCGGAUGUCAAAGAUGCGAAAUCAGUAGCGGAAAGUUGGCCAGAUGGCGCGCGCACCCAAGGGCGGGAAAUUUUCCCGCGAAAUGUUACAAACCCCAACCAAUUACCGAAAUACCUUAUUUGUCAGAAUAGAUGGAGCUCGCUGAAUUUUAAUAUAAUGGAACUAGGGUAUCUUGCGAGACUUCCCUAUCGCAUCGUGACAAACCAGACCGAGAUUUCUUACCUCGCUAAUGUGUACUUUAAAGAGCGCGGGUUGAGAUGGGAACUAAAGCGAAUGACGUCAUCCAAGCCAGUAUUCUACCACAUGCACGAGAGAGGUUCAAAUGUUCACGUGAUCGGGAUUCGUGGAACAAAAACCACGGGGGACUGGUUCGAGAAUGCUCAGCUGUGGGGCGAGAUCUUCAUAAUGCAAGCUGUCUCGUCGAUACUGCCCAUCCAAAGGCUACCCAAGCGUGUGAUCAGCUCGUUCAUUUAUCGCUCGGGAAUGAUCGGUGACUUGCUCACCUCAGACCGCGCCAAGCUCUACUUCCAGUCUAUCGAGGACUACAUACGCGACAUCCGUAGCAAAAAUUCCAGCAUGGAAAUACUUCUUGUAGGCCACUCACUUGGCGGGGGGGUCGCCAAGUUCAUCGGCGCGAAAAUGAAAAUCCCGGCUGUUGCUUUCUCCAGUCCAGGCGAAGUGUACAACCACGUGAAGUUUGGCUACACAUAUAACGACUUGCAGCGCUACACGGCCACUGUUAUCCCGGAUGGAGACUUCGUCACGUGGAUCGAUAAACAUGGAGGCUUUAUCCAGAACAUUCGGUGUGCCGUCAAAGGAAUCAUGGGAUGUCAUAAAGUCCUGUCCACAUACUGUGAACUUCGGGAUAGCUGUGGUUGGCAGAGUCGUAUGAAAUGCCCGAAUGAUAACUGAAACACUGGACACCAUGGCAACAAAACACGGAGCAGUGGCGUCAUUUAUUUUAAUUCUAUUUAUUGAAUUUGAGAUUUUUAAUAUGGAGCAUUUCAUUUCUCUUCUUUUUUAUUUUAAACGCAAGAUUUUUUUUAAGUAUGAUUUUAGUCCUAUGCCAGUUCAGGAUGACUGUAUUUUUUUAACUUUUCCUUCAUCUUUUAUUUUUUGUUCUCAUUUUGAUGCAGAAAGCAUUCUCAAAGAAAACGUAAAUCAUAAUUUCGUAAGACUGUAAUAAAAUGUUCUUAACUUUCUGUUUCUAUAUGUUGUACAAUUUUAAGAUAUCUACCUUAUCGCAUGCUCGUCAAUAAACUAUUAAUAUAUUG